ACCAAAUAGUGGAAGAUUUGAUGCUUUCAUGGGAGGAGCCUGAUACAGCUACCAAUCUCACAGUCACAUCUUCACAGAGGGGAGAUGCUUUAAAGGAAUAAUGGGUACGACGCUCUCCAUCUCCCCAAGAGAUCUUCCCUCUAAAGUGGACAAACACAAGAGCAGAAGCCUGAGCAAACCACGGCUGAUUGUUUCUGCCUUUGGGUUCAAGCUGGUGAAACAGAAAAGUGGUAAGAAAGUUAACCCGCAUCCUCAGACUAUCCAUAUCAAAGAAGAUUUAAAAUCACCACCUCAAAAUCGUCACCCACAAGCUGGAGAAAUUGAGAAGCCAUGUUCCCGUGAACUGGAACAAAAUAAACUCCCAGUAACCACAAAGCUAGAAGACGGGCAGAAUAAUCAGCCUAGCCACCAGUUCCUCCCAUCUGCAGUCCAUAUUUUUGUCCAAGCUUCUACAGGUGAGCUGCUGCUCUGUCUGGGUCGAUUCCUGCGCCGUCGUUGCCUUAAAAUCUCUGAUCUCACCUCAAACGAAGUGAUCGCCUGGUUUAGGAACGUAGACCGAACUCUUCUGAUGCAAGGGUGGCAGGAGGAAGGCUUUAUAACGCCACCCGUCCUCGUCUUUGUCUACCUGCUGUGUCGAAACACCGUGAGCCAGGACAUCACCAAUCCCGGUGAGCUCCAUGGUGUCUUCCUCACCUGCCUGUACCUGACCUACUCUUACUUGGGUACUGAGAUCUCAUACCCACUUCAGCCCUUCAUUAUUGAUGACAAUAAGGAUGUGUUCUGGCAGCAGACUCUGAGUGUCAUGAUAAGCUCUGAAAUGCUGAGGAUCAACAUGGACCACCAGUUCUUCACUGAGGUUUUCCAGGAGCUGAAGAAUGAAGGACAGUUGAACAGGAACAGUCUGGACUGCUGAAAAGUAAAGAUAUUUAUUUUGUGUGUAAAGAACUCUUCUGGUGAGAAUUCUUAAGUCUGUGGACGCUGUGAGUUUGUUUCUCAGCAGGAAUCUGUGCUUCUGAGGACAACUACAAUGUUAUGAAAAUGUAAACUGUAUUUGUAAUUGAAGAGUCUGAGUCAUUAUUCUCUUUCUAGAGCUUCUUCAGGAUGUGAGAUAGGUUAGAGGAGCGUUUCCACAUAUAUCUAAAUAAGCAUGCUGUUGUGGAUUUGUAAAGAAGGUAGCAAAGAUCCUUUAAAGAUCACAAUGAAUCUUAACUAGGGGGAAACUAUUAAAGGUUUUAAUCUUAUUAUAUACAAAAAAUCAAACAUCUCAUUUACAUAUUUCCAUCCAGAAACCGAGAAUGUAAUUCAACACAACUCUCAAGGCCCAAUGUGAAUUAAUGCUGUUACCAGUUAUCACCAUAAACCUUUUAAAGUACACUUUUGUCCGAUGUCGAGGAAAGAAACUGUCACAUGCAUAGAAAAUGCACUGCCAUGCGGAAACUUCCAAAAUGCAAUGUUUUUGUUGACUAAAAAUCUCAUUGUGGACAAAAAUAAAUACAAAUAUGAAAAAAAAAAAUUUGAAAAAUAUGCAUUUUCAAACGAAAAGGUAUUCGUGUGGACAUCGCCUCAGUUUAUUGUUAAAUACAUUGUUAUUGGUCUGAGCCAUGGGGCAAAUAGAAAUGAAUCGCUAAGUGGUUAAAGUGUAGUAGCUUGUUUUAUCCAAAUAUAUUCCUUAUUAGACGUGUAUGAAAUGUGCAAUUUCUCAUAAAGAGAAGUCUGAAAUAUAUUCAUAAACUCUAUUUUCUAAUAAUUGGUUCAGAAUCUGAGAAUGUCACAGCUAGCACUUUAGUAACCAAGACAGCAUUGUGCUAAAUUCAUACAUCUAUAGAAUUUCUGCCUUUCCACAUUAUUCUGCAGAUUUCUGUACACUGGAGGAAUAAACUGAGGCGUUUGAUUAAAUAAGGACAUGCUUCAGUGUUUGUUUUGUUUUUGUUUUUUUCUUCAAUGAGGUCAGAGAAACCUAAUGUUGUGUAACAGGAUAAUUCUGGAUUAGCAUAGAUUAGCCCUAAUGCUAACGUUAAGCCUGUUCAACUCAGGACACUCUUUAAGAAUGUUAUAUCUCAGGGGUCAUGGGUGGAGUUACGAAUCUUUUCAAAAUAAAAUGUUCUACAGAGGAUUCUCCAGAAAUCUGCCCAAGUCUUCAUGUUCUGAAAUGCUUUGCUUUUCCUGUCUGACCUUCAUGAUUAUCAAACUUGUUUUUAAAAUGACAAUAUGGUCAUCUUCAGCUGGUGUUCCAGCAAUUAAAUCUCAGA